AUGCGCGCCGGAGAUAGUGCACACUGUCGGGCCUGGAACUGUACACCUCUUGAGCCGGAUGAGCCGACAGAAUACCCUCUCACAAUCGCUCAGGCUCCGGUGGUGCUGCCAGUAGAGUAUCUUUGGCCUCCUGCUGGAGGAGUGACUCCACCACCUGACCCGCGACCUGCCUCACCGAUCGACGCCCGCGCCGAACUAUCUGCAGAGCUUGUAAAAGACCUCUUUCUCACUUUCCAGGGUAGCAUCGGGUUCUAUGUAUUGAUCCAUGGCCUCCUCCAAGUACUCGUGCCAGCGGACUAUGAUACUGCCUGGGCUUCUUCACACCUCCCGCACAAGUACGGUGGCCUCAAGGUCUGUUACAUCGAACAGACUCUGGAGCCGACCAUGUUACCAACCAGGACAGAAACUACCGGAAAGACACUUGACAGAUCAUCGCUCGUGCCCUUGGGCACAUCAAGCUCAGCCCCAGCCGCACGCACGCCAGCUCAAUCCCUCGCAAAUAGCUCGUCAUUAAAGCUCAACGACUUCGUAGAGGCCCGCCCAAAGUCUAACCACCGAAACGAGAAAUUUUCUGGACGUGUCGGGCUCAAAUGCGGAACGGUCCUCCAAAGCUUCGACAAGGAAGCGGGAAUUUAUCCGAACGGCUUCAACCACGACAUCACUCUCAUCAAACCCGCGCAUCGGACUUUGGUGAAAGAUGUCGCAUCCCCUGUCAGCGGCCUUGGCUGGCUCAAUCACGACUCGUGGAUCUCGCUCCGCCAGCAGACGACAACAAUCAAAAUCUUAGCUGACGCCGAAAGCUCAGACUCCGCGAGAAGCUUACAGGCAGCAAAAAGCAUCAAGUGCAGUCGUCCAUCGGACAUCAUGGUGGUAGGCGAAGGCAUCUUCCUCAACCAGAAAGCUGCAGCGGGCGAUUCGAAGAGUCUGAAACACCACGACGCCUCAACAUGGAAGGAUCUUGUGUCACGCGCAAUCCUUUACCGGGUCUAUCCUGAUUUCGAUCCACCAAACGGCCAUAGCGGCACUGUGCUUUAUGCGGACGGAACAAGGACAGAUGGAACCGAAGGUCCAAGCGUCGUAGGCUUCCAAAGCUUUGUACAACGCAGUGGUCACGUGCAGAAUUUCGAGAUGGAAGGUGAUGCACUGGAGCGGCGAUUGAGAGCUGGCAGAGUUGCAUUCUAUGGAGCGUUCGAAGUCCCCGCCGAACUCAAGAAGUACCAUAUAUACUAA